CGGACCCUUCUUGACCAACAGGAACAGUUCUGACACAUUCAAGUCAAGUGGGCCGCUCUCGUCAUCGUUCGAUUCGGCGGUAUCGCGUUUUUCUUUCGUUCGAAAUCUCUGUUCUAACUCGGAGGAAAAUCCUUGAGCGGUACGGUAAUCAUCCUGUGCAAUUAGCAGCAUUAGUGUUGUGAUUCUACGGUACCUGCUAAUUGCUUAAGUUUCACCUGGCAGCUUGUUCGUUUUCCAUUCCGGUGCGGUGUUUCGGUGAGGGAGAACCGUUCCUAACGAUGGCCGAUCAGCAAGUGGCAGCGGCGGAAACGUCGGACUUGAAACCCGACACGGAAAAGAAUGGUCCCUUGGUCGAAUCGGCCACCGACGGAGCGAAACCGCUCAAGUCCAAGAAGAAAAAGAAGAACAAACAGCAACCGCCGCAGGAAAGUCAGCAGGAUGGCGGUACCGGUUCCGGCGCUGCUCCGGAUCAGGACAGUGCCGUGUUCUCAACUGCUGCCGGUCAGCAGGAAGAGAUUGCUUCCGGUUCGGGAAUUGCUUUGCCUGGACGCGGUCAACUCCCUAGUCAGGACGUGUUGAUGAAUGUGAUCGAGCAGCUGAAGCUUAGUUCGCUAAAACCGGCCAAAACUCCGGAGGAAGCGCUCAAUAAGUCUUUCAAAUUCUGGUCUACCCAACCGGUCCCUCGGAUGGACGAAAAGAUCGCCGUAAACGAACCGAUCGAAGCGGACAAACCCAUCAGCGAGAUCCGGGAAGAACCCUACAGUUUACCGGAAGGGUUCACCUGGGACACCAUGAAUCUGGAGGAUCCACUUCAACUAAAGGAGCUCUACACGCUUCUGAACGAGAACUACGUCGAAGAUGACGACGCAAUGUUCCGCUUCGAUUAUCAACCCGCCUUCCUUAAAUGGGCCCUGCAGCCUCCCGGAUGGCGCGCCGACUGGCACUGCGGAGUACGGGUGGUCAAGUCCGGCCGUCUGGUAGGGUUUAUUUCGGCCAUUCCCGGCACGCUAAACGUCCACCAGAAGACUCAGAAGAUGGUUGAGAUUAACUUCCUGUGCGUUCACAAGAAGCUGCGCUCGAAACGGCUGGCUCCGGUGCUGAUCCGGGAGAUUACCAGAAGGGUCAACCGUACCGGAAUAUUCCAAGCGGUCUACACGGCCGGCGUUGUGCUGCCGAAACCGGUUUCUUCCUGUCGCUACUGGCAUCGGUCUCUGAAUCCGAAGAAGCUUGUUGAGGUAAAAUUUUCCCACCUUUCGCGCAAUAUGACGAUGCAACGAACAAUCAAACUAUACAAACUGCCAGACGCCCCGAAAACGCCCGGCUUCCGAAAGCUGCGUGAAUCUGAUCUGUCAGCCACUCACAAGCUACUGGAGCGUUACCUGCUCGGGUUCAAUCUGACGCCGGUGUUUGACGAGGAGGAAUUCCGCCACUGGUUCUCGCCUCAGGAGGGCAUCAUCGAUUGCUUCGUGGUGGAAGAUCCGUCCACCGGUGAAAUCACCGACAUGGUCAGCUACUACACGCUGCCGUCAACCGUGAUGCAUCAUGCCGUUCAUAAGUGCGUUAAGGCCGCUUACAGCUUCUACAACGUGUCGACCAAGACGCCCUGGCUGGAUCUGAUCAACGAUGCGCUCAUCUCGGCGAAAAACCUCAACUUUGAUGUGUUCAAUGCGCUGGACCUGAUGGAGAACCGCAAGUUCCUGGUGCCGCUUAAGUUCGGAAUCGGCGAUGGCAACUUGCAGUACUAUCUGUACAAUUGGCGCUGUCCGAGCAUGCAACCGGAAGACGUCGGUUUGAUUUUGCUGUAAACGAUCCAAAGCGGCUUAGGGGAGACGCGCAACGCGUAAUUUAAGUCCAGUUUUAAUUGUUUCGGUUUCCUGUGUAGAAGAUUCUAAGAACAUCGAUUAGUAAUGCGCCAGGGGAAGGGGUGAAUGUCGCUGGGAGGGCGAUGCAGUUAUGGGAUUCAGAACAUUUUCUUAUAUUAUUUAGUAGGUACCUAAAGCAUAAUGUAUCAUGGGCACAUUAUAUAUUUAUGUUACGAGGAAAUCAUGUAUGGUGGAAAACAUGAGCGAAGACGAAGGUUAUUCGGUAAAACAUAACGUACACAAUAAUGAAGCAUAGUUCGUGUCUAUUUCUGAAGGUACAAUGCUAAUUUCA